GAUACCAAACAAGCCAGCAGACAAACAGCGAAUAUGACACACACGGAACUAGAGUUGCCUUUGUCAGUCACCAUGGCUGCCUGCGAAGAUCUGCAAAUUGUACCAGCGAACCAUUAAAGACAAUCUCUAGAGGCUGGAGGAUCUUAAUGCACAGAAUGACUUUUUUCUAUUGUGGUGUUAAUUGAAAGGGCAGGGACAUUUGGCUCCACUGAGUGACAAGUGGUUCUCUAAGCACCUCUGACAGAUGUAAGCCUGUCAGAGCUUUUAAAAUUGAAGUUUUGUCUGGAAACUGAUCACUCACAGCAGAUGAAGUGAAGGUUGAUUCUGGGACACCAGCUCUUCCCUAUAAGCUGUCCCCAAAGGAAAGCGAAAUGAGCAAAAUAUAUCUGCAUUCCUAAAAUAGCAGCAGGCAGUGCGAGCUGACUGGCCUGCAGGAAAAAAAACAUGAAAAGUACCUUACAGGCAUUCAUUCAGCUUCUAUUUUGUUCAGUGUGUUACCAUAAGUCUUUCGCUGUCUGUUUCUGGUCAGCAGCUUAGACCAAAGCUGCACAGCUGCUACUGGAGCUAAGCAAUGAUAACGGUAUGGACUGUGGGGAUGAAUACAAGCCUGGACACUGCGUGACCUGCUGAGUUUCUCCAACACUUUGUAGACUAAACAUAUCGAGGUGGUUAGCAAAUGUCAGCAUGAGCAAGGACAAAGCAGGGUGUAUUGCAGCAGCUGACGAUAAGGAAAGCAUUGUCAUGAAGACUACAGAAUGUGAUAAUACGUCCACCUGGAGGUACAUGGGAGAAUGAUAGAUUGUGCCAGUAACAUCAUGUUUUCCACCAUGUCAUCAUGUUGCCAGCAGUUUCUGGGUCUCGCCCUGAUGGUUCUGGUCACACGUUCGACCGUCAGCUGUCCGGCGCGGUGUGAGUGCGCCCCCCAGAUCAAGUCAGUGGUUUGCCACAGGAAGCGGCUGACUGCCAUUCCAGAAGGUAUUCCCAUUGAAACCAAAGUCCUGGACCUAAGCAAGAACAGGCUUCGUUGUAUCAGCUCCGGUGACCUGUCGACGUUCCCUCUUUUGGAAGAGGUUGACCUGAGUGAGAACAUCAUCACCAAUAUAGAACCCGGCGCCUUCAGCAACCUUUUCAACCUGCGCUCCUUGCAACUACGGGGGAACCAGCUCAAGCUCAUCCCCACCGGUGUCUUCUCGCGCCUCACCAACCUCACCCGCCUGGACCUCAGUGAGAACAAGAUUGUCAUCUUGCUGGACCACAUGUUCCAGGACUUGCAGAACCUGAAGCAGUUGGAGGUGGGUGACAAUGACUUGGUUUACAUCUCCCAGCGGGCCUUCAGUGGCCUGCUCGGCCUGGAACAGCUCACCAUUGAGAAGUGUAACCUGACCUCCAUCUCUGCCGAAUCCCUCUCCUACCUGGAGAACCUGGGCACCCUCCGGCUGCGUUACCUCAGCAUCAGCUUCCUAGAGGAGCAGAACUUCAGGAAGCUUUACAACCUGAAGGAACUGGAGAUCGACUCUUGGCCUCUUCUGGAGAUCAUAACUCCCACCACCCUAUAUGGUCUGAACCUCACGUAUCUCUCCAUCACCAGCACCAACCUCUCCUCCGUUCCUUCCGGAGCCUUCAGAAACCUGGUCUAUCUCAAGCUGUUGAACUUGUCCUAUAACCCCAUCACCACCAUAGAAUCUGGAUCCUUCCGUGACUUAAUCCGGCUUCAACACUUGUACUUGGUAAGUACAAUGCUCACCACCAUCCAGCCACAUGCAUUUCUGGGGCUGAAGCAACUCCAAGUGCUGAACAUUUCCAACAAUUUCUUGGCAACGCUGGAAGAGAGCGCUUUGCACUCGGUGGCCAACUUGGCUGUGCUACGUCUCGACAACAACCCCCUCUCCUGCGACUGCCGCCUCCUGUGGCUUCUGCAGAAGAGGAAAACGCUAAGUUUCGACCAUAAACAGCCAGUGUGCGCCUCCCCAGCGGACAUCCAGGGCAGCCAGCUGAAUGACUUUGAGGAGUCCGCCCUUCAUGACUACUUCACUUGCCAAAAGCCCAAAAUACGGGACCGAACACCACAGCGGGUGACGGCAGGCGAGGGGCAGACGGUCUACUUCACCUGCCGGGCGGACGGGGAGCCGGCGCCAGUGAUAAUGUGGGUGUCUCCCCAGCGAAGGAUGAUCACUAGCAAGAGCAACGGCAGAGCCACCAUCCUGCCAGGAGGAACCCUGGAGAUUCGCUUCGUCCAGCUGCACGACAGCGGCACCCAUAUCUGUAUUGCCAGCAACGCCGGCGGAAAUGACACGUCCUUCGCAGUGCUGACGGUGAAGAGCCAGAGAUCGGAUGGAUCCCUGUAUGCAAACCGGACCUCACCCCUCCCAGAGUUCAACGAGACUGCCCUCAAUGACACGCAGGUGCUCCUGAAGUUUACCCUGGACCUGAAGACCAUCCUGGUGUCCACUGCCAUGGGCUGCAUCACCUUCCUGGGCGUGGUGCUCUUCUGCUUUCUGAUCCUGUUUGUGUGGAGCAGAGGGAGAGGGCACCACAAGAACAACUUCACAGUGGAGUACUCCUUUCGCAAGGUGGACGGGCCGACAGUCAGUGGCGGACAAGGAGGUGCCAGAAAGUUCAAUAUGAAGAUGAUAUAAGCCGUUGCUGGGACCCCUCUGGUUAUACGUUUACCUGUGGUCAAUAAGAUGGUUGAUCAUCUGAUUCAUGCAGACGUUUGCUUAUAAUGUUCAAAUAAUAAGCAUAAUCUACAGUGCGUUGUGUGGGUUACUCUGGCUCAGAGAGCUGGAAAUGCAUGCUGUAAAUAGUCACUCAGUGCCGGAAUGGAUUCAGACUGUCACAAUCAUUGGCACCAACUUGAUUUGAAAAAAAAAUUAGUUAUUUUCUGUCACAUCUGGGUAGAAAUGAACUUGUGACUGAAUUUGAAUGUACUAAAAGGGGGACUGUGCAGAACUACUCCUGUUCCUCCGGGUUGUACAUGAAGGUGAUGAUAUUCUGUGGGACACAGCGCCUUUGAGCGAUUGCUUUGAGGCACAAGGUGUUAGGAAACUUAGAAGAAUCUUGACCCAGAUGCAGAGCAGUGGAAACGAUUUAGCAGUAAGGGAUCACCGUGAUAAUAAACUGCAAAAUACCAAGCUGUGAGGGGCUACUAAACAAGCUGGAAUGAAUGUUUAAGACAACAAGGACAUUGAAGGCUAGGAGCAACUGGUUGAGGCUGGCUGGUUUGUGUAAGUGAACAAGGACUGUGGAUGUGAGCUGGGUUUAAAUAGGCUGCGGGUGAUGAAUUGGGAACAAGUGGCAGGUGACUCCUGUGAGCUGGCUGGAGACUGGGAGGUGUCUGCUUGUGCAGGCCGGACAAGAGGAGGCUGUUGGGGCCUGCCUGCCACAGUCAGACAUGGCCCAAGGGUGGAGAGUGGUGGUGGGCUCUUCAUUCGUACAGACCCCAGGCCAAGUGCUCAAGUCAGGCAGAUGGCUGGAAAAGCUGGCUGCUCCCAACCAGAUGUUGGCCAAUGCUGGUCAGCACGGCAAGGUAAUUCUUCAAUAUGGGUCCCCUUCAAGCCCAGUUUCAAUGGCAUCCAUUGUCCACGCAUCCCAUCCAGGUAAUUUACCUUUCCAACUAACGUCAUAAGCCCAGGAAGCAUAAAAAGUCCAGUAAUGAAUCCUCCUCUAGUUAUCCAUCACCCUGUAUUACUUGACUGAAUAUUCAGAUGAUUAUUCGGACAAAUAAUCUCCAUGUGACAAGCAAGUACAGGCCCUAAAUACUGCCAACCAUGGCCUUGAGAAUCCAUUGUCACUUCCUCUGGGAGAUGGAAAGAUGUUGGAAGCAUUGCUUGGAGAUAAAAUUCAGUUAAUUCUCCCCUUCGAUAAUGAAAUGCUACUUCAAUGAUUAUCUCAAUUUGAAGUUCCUUCAACAGGCAAUCAAAUGGAUAACUUGCUCAUGUUGUUCCAUCGUUACCAGAAAGUAAUGCAACUGUACACUUUCUUUCUGCAUUUUUAUUAAAUCUGACUGUAUUUGGAUUUAAAUAAGGAUCCAUUCUCAACUUUUUGAAUAGAUAAAUCUUUGUCAGCUGUCUGAAUUAGACCUUUUAUUUUAUCUUAAGGGACAAGCAAAAUGUUACCAUGGCAAUAGGUGCAAAACUGUUUAAUUUAAUGUUUUUAUUGUUUUGUAAAAAUGUCCCAGCUGAGAUAUUAAGCUUUUGCCAGUGGCUUGCAGAGUCUUUCAGAUGCUUUCGCCACAAAUACCUCCCGCUCCCCAUUCAUCAAAAAACUUUCACCUAAAGCUAUUAUGUAUGUUCCAUCAAUUCCGCAUCACUUUACAGACACAGCGCACAAUAUUGAAACAGUAUUAUACUCUAAUAAGCAAAUACAUCUUUAAAACUGACUAGCUUGUCAUAUGGGACACAAUUCACUGCAGGAAAAAAUAACUCAGAAAUAAGUCAUAAACACGAGAUUCUGCAGAUGCUCAAAAUGUUUGGGGUGGCUAACAUGACUUUCAUAUUAGCCAACCUGCAUUAUUGAUGAUGCUGUAGCUUUGGAGCAGGCUCAGGCUGGAAAUUGCUCCCAUCUAGAAAGGCCUUUAAUUAGAGGGAUGGGGUUGGGGGAUGUCAUUGGAGGGGAGUGAGGGGAACUCAGUGUUGGACUUCAGGCAGGAAUUUAAAGAGUUGAGGACAUAUUUUAGUUGGGAGUUGGAAGAUUAAUGCAUCUAGGUUGUGCUGGGGGUAGGAAAGCAUCUGAGAAAUGAUCAGAGAACCGAACCUAGAAACAGCAACCAGGGUGUCAACAGGAUUCAGAAUCAGAAUUAUUUAUCACAUGUACAUCAAAACGUACAGUGAAAUGUGUUGUUUGCAUUAACAACCAGCCCUGAAACGUAUCGACACACAUUCCAGGGCCAACAUAGCACACCUACAACAUUCAACAGAAUAACACAAGGAACAACAACACAAAACAGAACAUGGAAAACCUGCUGUCAGAAGGUUGAGGUGUUUGGCACUGUCUGCCAUGAACUAGCCAUGUCUCCCUUAGUUAGCAGAGAAUCAGGUCAAAGCCUGGAUCUGCAUGACUGACCCAGAACAAUCAUAAGCCACAAGUAACCAGAAGAUCUAAAGGAAACCCUCCAGUGGGAAGGUUGGGGUGUUUGAUACUGGCGGGAGUAGACAGGCCGAUCUCCCACAGUUAGCUCAGAAUCAGGCCCAAGCUGAAAAGUUAAGGCUUGGAUCUGUGUGACAGACCUGAAGCAUUCACGGGCUACAGAUGACCAAAUGAACUGAACAUUACGGCCCAGCUAUGGCAUCCUCUGUGCCAUGCGCACAGGAUGGCUUGAACAUCUGUAAAACAAUGUGAUCUAUCUUUGCCUUCUGUUUAUAGAUAAGUCAAAUCAAAACAAGUUUAAUUAUCAUUAAACCAUACAUGAAUACAGCCAAAGGAGACAGUGUUUCUCUGGGGCCAAAUAGCGAGAGAGAGCACACAAUAGUCCAAGUCUCUGAGUGACAUGAAAAAUGAAAGUACAGCUCCUGGCCAUCCAGCCUGUCAUUCCACCAGCCAAAUGCAGCAGAGCAGAUAGAAUUCUUUCAAUUAACAUAGAAAAGUUUUUCUAGGCAUGGUGUUUUCUCCUGUGAUGGAGGAUAAUUGACUUCCACUCCAGACUGAGGGAAGGGCACACUCUGCCACAGUUGUGGCAGGUGAACUGCAUGGGUGGCAGUGUGGCAUCAGUGUGCUCCUUUUGCCAUUAACGCUGGACUCGAUGUUCUCGGUGCCACCCUGAAGACUUAUGCACCACCUUGGGCCGUCACGGGGAGCCCCAUUGCUCAGCAGAGUCUGGUUAGAAAGCUCAACGAUAGGGAUGUUGUCCUGGGAGAGGCUACCAACAUUGGUCGUCGUCCUACCAGUAGAUUCAGAGUGGAACUUUAGGAAUGCAUAUCCAAUUCUAUAAAUUGGCCAGUUGCUGCAAUGUGCAGUCAGCUGAAGAUCACCUAGUCUUAAGACCCUAAGAUCAAAAGACAGGAGCAAAAUUAGGCCAUUUAGUUCAUCGAGUCCGCUCCACCAUUCAAUCAUGGCUGAUUUAUUAUCAUUUCAACCCCAUUCUGCUGCCUUCACCCCAUAACCCCUGUUACCCUGACCUACCAUGAACCUAUCAACCUCUGCUUUAAAUAUUCCAUUGACUUGGCCUCCAUGACCGUAUGUGAUAUGUUAACAAAUUUCAUGACACAUGCUGGUGAUAACAAACCUGAUUCUGAUUCUGAAUUCCACAGAUUCACCACCAUCUUGCUAAAGAGAUUCCUCCCCAUCUCUUGUCUGACUGGAUGUCCCCGUAUUCUGAGGCUAUGCCUUCUGGUCCUAGAAAACCCCACUAUUGGAAAUGUCCACUCCAUCCAGGCCUUUCAGUCUUUUGUGUUGCAUAAAGGAGGCCACCCUCAUCAUUAGCCAACCUCAGUGUGUUACUGAUUUGUAGAGAAGAGAAUCAGUCCAUUGGCCCACCGUGCUCAUACUGAUCUUUUAGCCCAAGUACACCAACUCCAUUGCGCACAUUGGCACCAUAUCUUUCCACUGUCCCUUAUGGAUUCUCUGAUUACCCAGCACAAGGCCAGAGUCACCAAUCACAACAUGAAAAGUAAGGAAACAACUUAAGCUGUGAAAUUUGAAAAAGAAGAAAUAGUGUGAAUAUAUCAUUGAUAAAAAGUACAAAAAUAUUAAGGUGAACAGACGCAUAAUGCUUUAAAAAUAUAUAACUUUCGAAGUAGCUUUCAGAUAGCGCUGAAAAUAACAAUAUUGGAAUUAAUUAAAUCAUUUAUCCUCAUCUGUUUUUCGACUGAAUGAAUUUCUGGAAUAUCUAGAUAGAAUUAACCAUUUUUAUACACUGUAAUAUCUGUGGUUCUGCCAAAUGUGUGCGGUAUGAACGUGUUAGAGUAAUGAGGUCUUCACAUCAUCAAUAACGAGCGCUGCUGCAAUGUCACCUGUGCUUCCAACUCGAAUGGCAAUAAUCUGUUUUGUUUCAAAACUUGUUCAAACUAUAUAAAUAUGUAAAAAUGUAACAGGAGAGCAAACUUUUUUGAAAAAUAAAUUACUCGUCACACAAAAUGAUUAUUAUUUUUUCUAAACCAUUGGAUUCUGUAGUUCUUUCUGUAAACUGGACAUGGGUUAAUUUCUGGGAACAUCUGGUGAUUAAUUGUGCGAUAAAGCAUCAUUGUGAAUUAAUUGCACUGUUAUGAAUAAAAUGCAGUG